ACCUGAGCACCUUAGUCCAUAAAUAGCCUUGUAAGGGGUGUGUGUUCAACACACUCCUCCACAAAAAACUCCAUCUACUUCCUCUUAAUUAAACUCUUCUCACUAUUCUUCAAUUCCCAUGGCGUCCAACAACACAUCUCUAAACGACGCCAAAUACGACCUUGAGCAACAGCAAACGACACAACUAGGCCUUGAAACCAAAGAGACGUUCGACUACUCCAAACGCUCCCAAUGGCUGCGAGCAGCCGUCCUCGGCGCAAACGACGGCUUAGUCUCGACGGCGUCCUUAAUGAUGGGCGUCGGAGCCGUCAAGCAGGACAUCAAGGUCAUGAUUCUCACCGGUUUUGCCGGUCUUGUAGCCGGGGCUUGCAGCAUGGCCAUCGGCGAGUUUGUGUCUGUCUAUUCCCAGCUUGACAUAGAAAUUGCCCAAAUGAAGAGAGAGAGAUCAGGCCCAGCAGCAGAAAUAAUCGAAGACGCGCAGGGAGAGAAGGACUUGCCAAAUCCGCUUCAGGCCGCGGCGGCUUCGGCGCUGGCGUUCUCAGUGGGCGCGAUUGUGCCGCUGCUCGCUGCCUCGUUUAUUAAGGAAUACAGGGUAAGACUUGGGGUUGUGGCGGCGGCGGUGACCUUGGCUUUGGUGGUGUUCGGGUGGUUGGGGGCCGUGUUGGGGAAGUCGCCGUCGGUGAGAUCGGCGGCGAGGGUUUUGGUCGGAGGUUGGCUGGCUAUGGCUAUAACCUUUGGCUUAACAAAGUUGAUUGGCUCUAGUGGGCUAUAAAUGUUGAGAGAAAAAAAAUGUAUCAUUAAUAUUAUUGGUUUUUUCUAAUUUUAUUUUCAACUUGGGAAGAGAAAAUUUGAAACCGCAAUUCGGAAUCAGAUAUGGAGCCCGCUGUAUUAUUAUAAAA